AUCUGCAAGGGAGAGCACAAACGGGAUGACAAUGCGGUUCGGAGGACCCUAGAAGACUGCCUCUAAUAUCAUCAUGCACAUUCCUCCGCAGUGCACAUAAAUCCUCCCAUUCUCAGUCUUCUUCCCUUCUUUGGCCUGCCUCCCCCGCUCUCACCGCCCACCUGGAUCGUGUCUGCAGUCUGAGCCGUGCUGCUGUCCAGAGGCAGCUCGAGCCGACCCGCCUGCACCGGAGAGAGAAGGGACCGGGUCGAUCUGAGCUGUUUGGUGGUCCACACGAUGCGUCUGUUUCUGUUUGCGGUGCUCUUCUUGUGCUCCUGCGCGCGGGCCGGCUGCGAGCCGAAAAUCGUCAACAUCGGGGCCGUGCUGAGCCAGAAGAGAUACGAGCAGGUCUUUAAAGAUGCUGUGACCCAGGCCAACCAGGUCUACGGCAGGGACAAAUUCAAGCUGACCGCCAUCUCUGUAACGCACAAACCCAACGCCAUCCAGAUGGCUCUGUCCGUGUGUGAAGACCUCAUCUCCAGUCAGGUCUACGCCAUCCUGGUGAGUCACCCUCCCCAGUCCAAUGACCACCUCACUCCAACGCCCGUCUCCUACACUGCAGGCUUCUACCGCAUCCCUGUGGUGGGACUCACCACCCGCAUGUCCAUCUACUCCGACAAGAGUAUCCACCUGUCCUUCCUACGGACAGUCCCUCCGUACUCCCAUCAGGCACACGUGUGGUUCGACCUGAUGCGCGAGUUCAACUGGAACCACAUCAUCCUGAUCGUGAGCGAUGACCACGAGGGGCGGGCUGCGCAGAAGAGGCUGGAGACCCUGUUGGAGGAGAGAGAAACAAAGGCAGAGAAAGUCCUCCAGUUCAGCCAGGACACUAACUUAACUGCUCUGCUGCUGGAGGCCAAAGAGCUGGAGGCCCGAGUCAUCAUCCUGUCCGCCAGUGAGGAGGACGCUGCUGCAGUGUACAAGGCCGCCCGCUUCCUCAACAUGACGGGCUCAGGCUAUGUGUGGCUGGUGGGCGAGCGGGAGAUGUCGGGUAAAGCCCUGAGCGAGGCGCCAGACGGUCUGAUCGGCCUCCAGCUCAUCAACGGCAAGAAUGAGUCAGCACAUAUCAAUGAUGCCGUGGCCGUGGUGGCUCAGUCCAUCCAGGAGCUCUUUGAGAAGGAGAACAUCACGGAACCCCCGAGAGGAUGCGUGGGCAACACCAACAUCUGGAAAACAGGGCCUCUCUUUAAACGGGUGUUGAUGUCCUCUAAAUACCCAGAGGGCCUCACAGGGCGCGUGGAGUUCAAUGAUGACGGCGACAGGAAGUUUGCUCACUACAGUAUCUUGAACUACCAGAAGAGUCGACUCAUUCAAGUCGGGAUUUACAACGGGACGCAGGUGGUUAUGAACAAUCAGCGGAAGAUCAUCUGGCCCGGGGGAGAGACAGAAAAACCACAGGGCUUCCAGAUGUCCACUCGAUUAAAGAUAGUGACGAUACACCAGGAGCCAUUUGUGUAUGUGAAACCAACUCAGCCGGAUGGAACAUGCCAUGAGGAAAUGACAUUAAAUGGAGUCUUAAUUAAAAAGGUUAUCUGCACUGGGCCCAAUGAGACCAUCCCAGGACGCCCAAUUGUACCCCAGUGUUGUUAUGGAUUCUGUAUUGAUCUCCUGAUCAAGCUGGCUAUGACCAUGAACUUCACCUACGAAGUGCAUCUGGUGGCUGAUGGGAAAUUUGGAACUCAAGAACGCGUAAACAACAGUAACAAGAAAGAGUGGAAUGGCAUGAUGGGAGAGCUCCGGGGCCUGGCUGACAUGAUUGUGGCCCCGCUGACUAUAAACAACGAACGAGCCCAGUACAUCGAGUUCUCGAAACCCUUUAAAUAUCAAGGCCUAACCAUCCUCGUUAAAAAGGAAAUCCCUCGCAGUACACUGGACUCGUUCAUGCAGCCGUUCCAAAGCACGCUGUGGCUGCUGGUGGGUCUAUCGGUGCAUGUGGUGGCGGUGAUGCUUUACCUACUAGACCGGUUCAGCCCGUUUGGAAGAUUUAAAGUAAACAGUGAAGAAGAAGAAGAAGAUGCCCUCACCUUAUCAUCUGCCAUGUGGUUCUCCUGGGGAGUGUUGCUGAACUCUGGAAUUGGAGAAGGCGCCCCGCGUAGCUUCUCAGCGAGAAUCCUGGGCAUGGUGUGGGCUGGCUUUGCCAUGAUCAUUGUGGCAUCUUAUACUGCCAACCUGGCUGCCUUCCUGGUGUUGGACCGGCCUGAGGAGCGCAUCACCGGCAUCAAUGACCCAAGGCUGAGAAACCCAUCAGACAAGUUCAUCUACGCCACGGUGAAGCAGAGCUCCGUGGAUAUCUACUUCCGGCGGCAGGUGGAGCUUAGCACCAUGUACCGCCACAUGGAGAAGCACAACUAUGAGAGUGCCGCCGAGGCCAUCCAGGCCGUGCGUGACAACAAGCUGCAUGCUUUCAUCUGGGACUCUGCGGUGCUGGAGUUUGAAGCCUCGCAGAAGUGCGACCUGGUGACCACGGGAGAGCUGUUUUUCCGUUCGGGCUUUGGCAUAGGCAUGCGCAAGGACAGCCCCUGGAAACAGAAUGUGUCCCUGGCCAUUCUCAGUUCUCAUGAGAACGGCUUCAUGGAAGACCUAGAUAAAACCUGGGUGAGAUACCAGGAGUGUGACUCAAGGAGCAAUGCCCCAGCCACACUCACCUUUGAAAACAUGGCAGGUGUCUUCAUGCUGGUGGCUGGAGGCAUAGCAGCUGGGAUCUUCCUCAUCUUUAUUGAAAUCGCCUAUAAGCGCCAUAAAGACGCCCGCAGGAAGCAGAUGCAGCUGGCCUUUGCGGCCGUCAAUGUCUGGAGGAAGAACCUGCAGGAUAGGAAAAGUGGUAGAGCAGAGCCCGACCCCAAAAAGAAAGCCUCUUUUAGGUCCAUCAGUACCACCCUGGCCUCCAGCAUCAAGAGACGUAGGUCCUCCAAAGACACGCAGUACCCACCCACUGACAUCACGGGCCAACUCAACUUGUCUGACCCGUCUGUCAGCACUGUGGUGUAGAGAGAGAGAGGGCGACACGGAGGUUCGCCCCCCGAGGAGAGAGGAAACGAGACGGAAAGGAGGGAGCAGAGGGGGAAGAGGACGAGAGAACCCAUCUCCCUGUUCCCUUCACUUUCAAAGACUGAAGCUUUCAUUUCACCGCCUGCCAACGGAGCUUUUCAAGGAAGCUGCUUGCCGGAGAAGCGGCUGAAAACACUGAACUUGCACCUUUUUUAAAGUCAGGAUUACCUGGCGUUAGUUGUUUGUAUUUGUAGGUUCCCUGAGCAUGCACUGAAGAACCCAUCUAACUCAUAUACAAUCUUUUCCUUCUGUAUCUUAUUAGCUUACUUAUUUACCAUUGUUUCUGUCCUUUUACCUGCAGAACUUUACUUAAUGUUUGGUGUUACGUCCUUUGAAAUUUCCUGACCAGCUGUAUAACUUUAGCAAGCCAGGUUAUAGUUUAGUUAAGUUUAAGGAUAAAUCAGUUUAGGUGAGAGUCCAGUACUCAACAUAUCACUUCCAAUUAGAGCUUAGCCAUAACCAACAUUUUUUAACAACAUAUACUGCAAUACAAGACGUACUGUAAGCUUCAAUGGACAACUUUAUUUUUAUUAGGAACGACUAACAUUUUUAUUUCGCUUUAAAAGUUUUAGUUUAUUUUAUUUGGAAGCACUAAUAACGGCACUAAUGUUAAUAUGACUAAUCAUGUCUACCGGUAAAGACGAUGCAAGCAUGUGUGUGUUUGUAUAUGAGUAAGAGCUUUAUCUAUCUGAAUGACGAAAAUAUUAUGAAGCUUAUAUACUAGAUUCUGUAGAUGUUUAAAUUGUAUAUUUUUCCCCUUUGAUUUUGUACUAAUCAAACAAAUGUUGAUUUUCUUUUUUAAGAAAAGCAUCUAAAAGAAAAUCUCAAGCUUUUUCAGCUACAGAUGGAUUGUUCAUGAAAUCACAGAUUAAUUCACGUUCUGAUGAGACAGUUCAGUAAGGUUGCUGUUUUUAGACACUUCGUUUGAGACACCCUAUCAUAAGCCAUGUUGCGUUUGGGGACGCCCUCUCUCUUCCUCUCUCCCGCUGCAGCAGUCUUUCUCAUUUCCAGUCUCCAAGGGGUUGCAUCAAAGGGCCAGGUUUUUCACCCAACCAGCACUUGGUCUUUCAUGCAAAACUUCCUCCCCGUGAGGAGGGAGAACUUUUACACGAAAGGAAGCCAAGUGAAUUGAAAGGGUUGCUUAGCUUGCGGGCUUGAGUGCAGGUCGUGGUUAGAUGCGAAAACAGGCCGUUUCCCAUUUUCUGGAUCUGAGAAACCACUGCUGUUUGAUGAAAAGACGAUCACAUCCUGUCUGGUGUCAGCACUGCAGAGCACUUUAUGCUGAGGGGUCUCCAGAUCUGUAAAACUGAACUAUUAAUUAACAGAAAAACUAGAAUAGAACCAAUAUCAGUCAGACAUUCUGACUUCUCCACUUUCAGUUAUUUUAAUUUCACCACUCUUCUCUUUUUGCUUUUUUAAUUAAAUUUCUGAGAAAGUAGAAUCUACUGAGUCUUUACUUGACUAACUUUAACACUUGCUGCAACAGAAUUUGGUUUCUAAACUUGAACUGAGAGUUUGCUUCUGAUCAUAUUCUCAUUCUGCCGUAUGCAUGCUUACUUGUUACUAUCAGUGCUUCGGUUUGUUUCUGGAUGCCUGUUGUUGCCGUGUACAGUCAGCUGAGCUGUGUGUAGCGCUUACAUUGAAUGAAUUGUAAAUACAGUCUGGAUCGGUGUGGAUAAAUAGGUUUGAGGAGAUUGUACUGCGCUUGUAUUACGACUGCAACUGAGAAUGUCUUAAAUUAUAGUUACACACGCACACAACAGUUGUGAUACACAGGCAUGUGUUAACACACACACACAUGCACACAAACACAAACCCCUUUAUCAAGGAGUCACUUGUUUUUCUUACCUUUUUCCAAGAAGAUCUUGCAUUGAAUCAUCUUGUUUAUAAAACUGUAAAUAAAUAUACUUACAUUGCCAAAUCUAAA